GGACAGAAAAACCCUUUCACAAAGCUUGAUUGAUGUUGCGAUGCAGUUUGUUGGGUUGGGGAACAGCUUUGAAGGGAGUAGCCAAUAAUUCACGUUCCAAAUAACUAAAUAUUUAAAGUUAUAUUAUUUAGGAUGGAUAUUUUAGGGGAUGAUGAAGCCCAGGAUCUGAAAUUUAAACCUGGGGGUCGUUUGGACAUGAGCCAUGGUUUCUUACACCACAUCCGAAGGAACCAGAUUGCCAGAGAUGAUUAUGACAAGGCGGUGAAGCAAGCUAAAGAGCGCCAGAACCGCAAGCAAACAACAACUCCUAGACGCCCACGUCGACCAGACAUCCAAGUUUACCAUCCACGAAGAAGCAAUGGGUCGGAGACGGGUGUGGGUGGAGCAGAUGAGUCGAAUGAAAGUGGGUCGAGUUCGGAGGCAGAGACCCAGGGAACCGAACUGUUCUGGCUCGACUACCAGUCCGACUCCGGAAGUGUCACCUCCUUCAUCGUACACAAGGGAGACAAGCCAGAGAGGGUGGUGGAGCGUGUUGCAGAGGGGAACGACCUGGACAGAGCCAUGAGGGCAGCACUGCAGGCUCGAGUUCGACAGGAAAUGGACAAACGAGGGGACAAGCGCUGAGCAACGCAUCAAAGGGGAUUGCUUGUGCCGUCACAGAGACAGGAGGGAGAGUGUUAAAGAAGCCAGGAUCCCUUCAGUGUCCUCGUAGGAGUCCUAUAGAUACAUAUAUGACAGCCGUAUAACUGGGACCAGAGGAAGGACUUGAACCUAAGGCACAGAGGAUGUUUCAGGAUGUUGGUGGUGUUAACCAGCAAAGCUGAGCCCCAUGUGCCAACUGCUCCCAGGAAGUAAACACACAGCAUUUUAACGAUGUAGAUCACAAUAACAUAACAAUCGUCUGCAGAGAAUGCUGGUAAACUGAACCAGGUCCAUGCAAACUGAACUAAUUUGAGGUUUCAACCUUGAAAUUGAUCUUCUUGCAUCUGAAAAUUAGUUGCAAAUCACAUGAUGGGGAAACGGUCGUUUUAAAAAGGGAAAGAUCACAGAUCAGCUGACCUGUGACCACCUGGGUGUGUGGACCAUGUGGUCUCCCUGCUCUGGAGAACAGACUGACACACAGACAGAACACCAACAGGCUCUGGAGACUGUCACCCUGGAGACUGUCACCCCAGGACAGUCUCUGUCCAGUAUUCCAGUCUGUUUCCAUAGACUUUGUACAAAACUUACCCGUGUGUGUGUGAGUAGGAAGUUUUUGCAUUUAUUUACAUUUGUUCUAAAAAAUGUUUGAUUUUUUUGUUCUCUUUGUGGUUACAUGUGUUUGAUUUGACUGAUGAGCAAAUUCAGCAGCAGUUUUGUCUUGGAGACAAAUUGACUUCACUCCGUCCUCUAUAAGUUAUUAUAGAUUUUUUUUUGAGAGACUUAUUUUUGAUACUUUUAUUUUUCUGGAAAGUCCUAUGUUUGUGGUGUCUGUGUUACAGAUAAUAAAGGCAUUCAUUAUGAGGA